AGCACAAUCAAGCGAGCUGCAAGUCACACUGGAAUUUUUUCUCUACCUACUCUUGAGAUCAGAAUCUUAGGGUAGAGAUACUCUGCACAUGUGAUAAGGGGAGAGACUGGGGGGAGACGGAUCGGCACAUUACUUCCUUCAUGUUAUUUUUGGAUAUGACUAGCAUUCCUCCCCUUACACACACCCUCUUUUUCUCCCCAGCCCCCAUCUCUUCCAUGCAUUACAAGCUCAUACAAACACUCUCACGUACGCUGAAGCAAAAGCAAGAGCAACAGCUGGACUGAAGCCACAGGACUUAAACUCCGCUUCCUCAUUGCCAGCAGGCUUUGUUCUUUGGAAUCACUCAGAACUGGGGAGAACGUCUUCAUUGCUGACCACUAUUCUCUUAACACUAGGGAAGUGGGAAAUGUCCCAACGUCCAUUGCAGAGCAACUCUGUCUACCCCAGCACAUUCCAGGGCCACCGAAUCAUUUGUGCACUUGAUAGAAGGCUUUCAUUGUCCAUGGAGGCCCAUGGACAGAAUGCUGUUGCUUUCGAAGCCCCUACAUUGAAUGAUCUCUGCCCUUGAGGCACUGCUAAGUUCCACCACAUCUGGCUGUUGUACUCUACUAAAGGAGCCACUGCUCUCCUGAGUCUUCCCUGCAUCUUUCCUGUCAGUGUGGCUGUUGCACAUUGGAUGUGCGACCAUUAGGAUGUGACUUUUAAAGGGCAAUUGCAUUUUUAUAUACAAAUGGGAAAACAAAUCCAUGGAGUUUCAAAUUAAAAAAAAUAGGUUAAAAGUUCUAACAUUGAAAAAUCCUCUGGUUGGAGGAUGAAGCAAAUAUGAAGAACAAUUCUUACAGUAGUGCUGUAAGAGUUUUCUAGGAAUUGUAUAUGGUUCUGUGAAGGAAAAGAACUCCAGAAUUCUCCUGACAUUAAAAUCCAUUCUGGAAGUGGAGGACUUCAUUCACUAAUUAUAGCAGAAGCCUUUGAAGACGAUACUGGACGCUAUACUUGUCUCGCUUCAAAUCCCCUUGGUUCAGACAGUACAUCAGCUGAAAUAUUCAUUGAAGGUGCCAGUUCCACAGAUUCAGAGAGUGAAAGUUUAGUUUUCAAAUCAAAAUCUGGAGCUAUGCCACAGGCCCAAAAGAAAACCACUUCUGUUUCUUUGACAAUAGGACCUUCUUCACCAAAGUCUGGAGUCACCACAGCUGUAAUUCAACCUAUCUCUGUGCCCAGUCAGCAGGUCCAAAGCCCUACUUCAUACCUGCACCGUCUGGAUGGAUCUAAGCCUGUCAAUUCUGCACCUAUAUUUACAAAGGAGCUACAAAACUCCACAGCCUCUGAAGGACAGGUAGUGGUGUUGGAAUGCAGGGUCAGAGGACCCCCUCCGAUUCAUGUUAAGUGGUUUCGACAGGGCAUUGAAAUUCAAGAUUCUCCAGACUUCAGAAUUCUCCAAAAAAAGCCACGAUCUGCAACUGAACCUGAAGAGAUAUGUACCCUUGUAAUUGCAGAAACUUUUCCUGAAGAUUCAGGACUUUUCAUAUGCACAGCAACGAAUGAACACGGUUCAGUAACAAGCAGUGCGCAACUAACCGUCUGCUCAGCCAACUCAGAAAGCUCUAGUCAUGAAUUGUUGACAAGGGAAUCCAACAGUGAUGAUUUCCACAAUUUUCCACCACUUCCUCCAGCUGAAGUUAGCUCUCUUGAGCUUCCUCCUAAGAAACACACAGAGAACCACCAAGCAAAUAAUACUGAACUGAAAUCUGGUGUGGCAGCCCUUCAGCUAGAGCUCAGUUCGUCUGAGGAAAAAACAAAUGGUAUCCAUCCCAUUCAUGGAGUAAAUGGAGUGAUUAACAGCAAGCCAAAUGGUGAUAAAUCGGUCUCACCUCCAGCUGUCUUGCUUUCACCUGCAAAGGAGCCACCACCUGUGCUUGCCAAACCAAAACUGGAUCCUAUAAAAAUACAGCAGCUGCAGAACCAAAUUCGUCUGGAACAAGAAAGUGGCCAGUGGUAUCAUCACCAGCAGCAACCUGAGCACCAUCAGCACCCUCCCUCAUCUCCUUCCUUUCCUCCUCCCCCCUCCUUCCAGGAGCUUGAGUCCAGCCAGUCUGUUAUCUCUCCUGUGCCAAUGAGUAUUCUCAACUCUCAUACUUCCCCAACCAUGCAGUCUUCCAGCUCCUUCAACUACGCUCGACCUAAGCAGUUUAUUGCUGCUCAGAACAUCAGCCCUGCUUCAGGUUAUGUGACUCCUUCUUCAGGAUCAUCUACAUCCAGCCUGCCUUCUCCUAUGUCUCCAACUGCUUCCCAAAAACAGUUUGGGAGAGUGCCUGUUCCGCCUUUCUCUCAGCAGUUUGCUCCAGAAGGGGAGUACGGAUGGUCUCCUUCUUCUCCAUCCCCUCCUCCCCCGCCUCCGCCUGUCUUUAGUCCAACCGCGACAUAUCCGGCGUGUGAUUCCUUUCCACUUCCACCUCCUCCACCUCCUCCUCUUCCUUCACUUUCUUCACCUUCCCACAGCCUGUCUCCAACUCCCAGAUUUCCUAAUUCCGGCCAGUCUCCAGCAGCUUUUCUCAGCUCCAUGCUGCCAUCCCAGCCACCACCCAUUUCUGUCAACGCGUUAGGCCUCCCGAAAGGAGUGACACCUCCGGGAUUUCCCAAGAAAACAGGCAGAACUGCUAGAAUAGCUUCAGAUGAAGAGAUUCAAGGGUCAAAAGAUGCUGUAAUUCAGGAUCUGGAAAGAAAACUUCGCUUCAAGGAAGACCUUUUGAACAACGGGCAACCGAGGUUAACGUACGAGGAAAAAAUGGCUCGUCGAUUGCUGGGAGCAGACAGUGCUGCAACUGUCUUCAAUAUACAGGAACCAGAAGAGGAGCCUGCAAUACAGGAAUAUAAAGUCUCCAGCUUUGAGCAAAGAUUGAUCAGUGAAAUUGAAUACAGGCUGGAGAGAUCUCCUGUGGAGGAAUCAGAUGAUGAGGUGCAACAUGGAGAUGAACCUAUUGAUAACAAUAUGUCACCGUAUUUUGAGAUAAAGCUGAAGCAUUACAAAAUCUUUGAGGGAAUGCCAGUCACAUUUACAUGCAAAGUGGCAGGAAAUCCAAAGCCAAAGAUUUAUUGGUUUAAAGAUGGGAAGCAAAUUUCUAAAAGAAGUGAUCACUACCGAAUUCAAAGAGAACCUGAUGGAACUUGCUCGCUGCAUGCUACAGCCUCCACCCUGGAUGAUGACGGAAAUUACACUAUUAUGGCUGCUAACCCACAGGGCAGAAUAAGUUGCACGGGAAGGCUGAUGGUUCAGGCUGUAAAUCAAAGAGGCCGCAGCCCUUGGACAUCUCCUGGCCAGCCUCAUAUCAGAAGACCACGAUCUCGAUCAAGGGACAGUGGUGAUGAAAAUGAACCAAUUCAGGAACGAUUCUUCCGGCCUCAUUUUCUGCAGGCUCCUGGCGACAUGACUGUUCAAGAAGGAAAACUAUGCCGAAUGGACUGCAAGGUUAGUGGAUUACCAACUCCCGAUUUAAGCUGGCAACUUAAUGGAAGGCCCAUUCGUCCCGAUAGCUCGCACAAGAUGCUGGUGCGUGAGAACGGCGUGCACUCCUUGAUCAUAGAGCCAGUCACGGCUAGAGAUGCUGGGAUCUACACGUGCGUUGCCAGCAAUCGAGCUGGUGAAAACACAUUCAGCCUGGAGCUCGUUGUUGCAGCUAAGGAAGUACACAAAGCACCUGUGUUUAUAGAGAAACUACAAAACACAGGCGUGACUGAGGGAUUUCCAGUGCGACUGGAGUGUCGAAUCUCGGGGGAGCCAUCGCCUCAGAUAUUUUGGAAGAAAGAGAAUGAGUCACUCACACACAGCACUGACCGAGUGAGCAUGCACCAGGAUAACUAUGGCUACAUCUGCCUGCUUAUUCAGGGAGCUACAAAAGAGGAUGCCGGUUGGUAUACCGUUUCAGCUAAGAACGAGGCUGGGAUUGUGUCCUGCACUGCCAGGCUGGAUGUUUAUACUCAGUGGCAACAACAACCUCAGACAACCAAGCCAAAGAAGGUGCGGCCCUCGACCAGCCGAUACGCUGCACUUUGUGACCAAGGACUAGACAUCAAAGCAGCUUUCCAGCCUGAAGCAAAUCCAGUCCAUCUGACAAUGCAGUCUGGUUUGGUAGAGAGCGAUGAUCUGUAGACCCGAGCUGCCACUUCCAUCAUUUUCUUUCAAAGCAGAAACACUGAAAGCCAUUGCCUUGACCAAUGAUACUCCUAUGUCACUUUAUGCAAAGGCAGACACCUUCAAGUACGAAAGAUAAACGACAAACACAAUAACCAUAUAUUCCUUAUUCAUUAUACCAAAUUAGAAGAAUAGGUAGAUUAUUAAUAGAAAUGUACACAUUGCACAACAAAUCACCUUCACCGAUUCCUUAUACCUAAGUUGCUUCAGCUCUUACGAAUAACCCUUUUCAUAAAGGCCAAACUGCAUCAGUGAGACAGAUUUUUCAGAAGAAAACACUAUUUAUCACUACUUGCCUUCGUAAGCAGUAAGUAGAUGCUACACAAUCUUAAUGGUGCGAGACGUUUUAUUUGAGGCCAUUAGAUCACAAGCAAAUUAGAAUGUAUGGUUAUCUAUAGCUCUGAAAUGGCAAUGCAUUCUGAUAGCUACAGUGAACAAGUGCAAUAUUGUAAGAAAAAAACAGGAAGGGACAAGGAAGAGAAACGUAAGCAAACAUUGUAACUCUGAAACCUGCUUUUUAUUCUACAGUGAAAAAAAACAAAAACCUUGCCUUAAGUGCCAUUAGUAUGGACAAUUCUAUAAAGCAACAUCGACACCAUAAUUUUAAAUUCUUUUGUAUUUUUCCUUUCUGCCACCUAGGAGGAAGCUUACGUACAAACAUACAGCAAAGAUUAUUUAAGCGUAAGUAAUUUAACUUCUUCAAGCUAAUGAAGAAAAAGAGCUGACAUAAUAAGUCUACUCCAGACUAUAAAUCUUAGUAACUAGAGGAGAAAAAAAUGCCGACAGUACGACCAGUGCAGUAGGUUACUGCAAGGGGUGGGAGGGGGUCAGGGCAAGAGGUUGAAACUCUCUGCGGAUUUCCCGAGGACAGCCUGUGACCUCGUAACGCUCCCACGGAAGAGUCUGAAAUUCUAAGGUGAGCUGAAAAUUAGGGAAUGUACGUAUGGGACGUCUGACUGUUUAGAGCUUGCGUAACGCGUAUGAGGAUUUUAGAAAUGCAUAGUAAGUGAGAAAUGGGUUGAGACUGCAACAGGAAUUUCAAUGACAAGUAUACACCAUAGGUGAGAAGCUCGCAGAUCUGAGGAAGCAGAAGAUGAAGAUGGACAAAAACACCACCAAAAUGUGCGCCAUUUUUUCUUCUUAACAUAGAAUAUGUCUCUGGUGGACUUCUAUUUUUUUUUAUUAUCCUCUCUAUUGUAGGCAAACUACAGCUCUUUUAAUGGGUGCAGUCUGUGCGCAGUAGAUGAAAUGCCUUAAAGCUACUUACAGAAUGCAAGGCAAAUCCACAUCAAACUGGAGCCCUACCUAGUCAGACCUGACGAGGUAGUUUUAAAUUAGAACCAAAUGAAUUUCGGAUGAGGGGGAGGGAGGGAGGGAUGGAAGAAUUACUAGACCUGACAAGAAAAAUGAGCAUUUGAUGGUACGAGCAUACUUUGCUAUGAAAGGAAAACACUGUAUUCCUUAUAUGAAGCACAUAUAUGGUAUCUUUCAUUAUUUAUAAUAAAAGUGUUGAAAUCUUUUAUCUCAGUUCAGUUAUUCAGAAGUCCUGUACUUAGUUUUUUUUUAAUUUUGUAAUUGUGUACACCAUAUAUUGCAUUACUGCUAUACGUGUAUUGCUUUGUAAGUACACAAAGUUUGUUUUGUUUUUAGUGACUAAUAAACUUUAGCACAUAAGUUAGUACUAUUCGGUGCAAACUGGUGCAGGAUAUGACCAGUGCCGGGGAUCGUUACUCUAAAUUAAUGUCAUAGUCCGUCAUAUGGGAAUAAUCUGAUUAUAUUCUAGAACAAGUAUGUCAUAGCAUUUGCCAAAUUUUUCACAACUGUGACAUGCUAAUUUACUUUUUUUUGUUUAGCUUCACUAGCAUUAUUUUGCCACCUUUUAUUUGUAUUUAUAAAAAUGUACUAUCAUUACUUUGGAUUGUUGUGCUGGUAUAAUGUGGGUUUAACAUCAAUAAAUAUUACACAAAUAGAA